UGUUGUUGUAUUAUAAAUAGCAAUAAGAAUACACAUGCAAACAGUGUUUAUUUAUUAAUUUGAGAAAUUAUGACACCUAGUGGUUGUUAACUGUGUUGUGUAUUCUUAGCUACUCAUCCCUCCCCUGUACAAUAUAUCUUUUUCUGGAAUCACAAAUAUACUGGCCCAGAUAUGUUCUUUAAUAUUCUACACAACUGUAAAGACAACUGUGGUGGAAAGCACGAGUGGCCAUAUUCAGGCAGAUUAAAAAUAAUUCCGGCGCCUCCUCAAGACUCACCUCUUCAGACAGCACCUGUAGAAACUCCUCUUUUCCAUCUGGACACUUAUCACUCUUCCUUAAAUGCACUUUACUUGCUCUUAUCUGCUCCCUAUUUUACUGCAUUUAACCCUGUACUUUAGAGUACUGUAAUCUGUCGAGUGUCAUUUAAUCUGUAGUAUUUUGUAUUUAAUUAUAUCCUGAUGUAACUAUCACUGACACUGUUAUCUGUUCCGUUAUUGAAUCGUAAUCGUAUUAAUACUUAUACUGAUUCUUGAAAUGUAUUUUUGUCUACGACUGUAAGUCACCCUGGAUAAGGGUGUCUGCUAAGAAAUAAAAUAAUAAUAAAUACAAAUAAGUGUAUAAUUUACAUAAUUUCUUGCUAGUUUCAUACAUCAAAUUCCUCUGAAAAUUUAUUUCAAAAUAGGGCCUAAAAUGUGUAAAAAUGUGGCUUGGCACACCUAUGUGUCCCCCUUUUCUUCUGAAUAUUAGCAGCACACUUCCAGUGGAGUCAUGUGGUAUGUGUGUUUCCUCUUGCAGGUUGGCAGCUAUUGCACUUUUAGUUCUGAAGGAUGAAGAGGAUGCCUUCUGGUGUCUGGUGGCUGUUGUUGAAAUCAUAAUGCCACAAGACUACUACAGCAAAACCCUCACUGCCUCUCAGGCUGAUCAGAGGGUGUUCCGUGACUUUCUUGCUGAGAAGAUGCCUCGCCUGACGGCCCACUUCAAGGAGCACAGCAUCGAUCAUUCCCUCAUCACCUUCAACUGGUUCCUGGUGGUCUUCGUGGAAAGUCUGGUCAGCGACAUCCUGCUCAGAGUGUGGGACGCUUUCCUCUAUGAGGGCACAAAGGUGAUAUUUCGCUAUGCACUGGCCCUCUUUAAGUACAAUGAAGAGGACAUUCUAAAAAUUCACGACAAUCUGGAAAUCUACCAAUACCUCCGUUUUUUCACCAAAAACUAUCUCUGAUGGCAGGAAACUAAUGAACAUAGCAUUUAAUGAUAUGAAUCCCUUCCCUACGAAGCUGCUGAAGAACAGACGAGAGUUUCACAUGUAGAGCCUGACAGCCGAGCUGCUGGAGCUGGAGAGGAUACAGAAGGAAUUUGUGAAAGAACAACAAGUGGAGCGCAAAGACAAGGACCUGGACACUGCUGUCAGCGAAGACGAAGAAGUAAUACAGACUGCAGUUACCUUGCAUCACACGUCCUGACGUUAUUGAAAAAUUACACAUCACUGAUACUAUUUAAACUAAUUUGUUUGCCUUAUUAUUCCCUGCUGUGGAAUAUAGUGGGGCUUACAUACUGUGUAUGUCACACAUACAUCUAACUGUUAUCCUUUGUCUGUUGUUGAGUAUAUAGGUAUGUCAGACUUACAUUUUUACAUGUACAGUUCGGCUCUUAUUUUGUAAUGGCGCGUGAUGUACCGACAUACUUGUUUUAGAGUCAACAAAUUAAGUUUACCAAACCUGUCAAAAUGCAGAAUAUUAAUGGAAAUAGGUGUGUUGGUAAUACACACACACUACAUCUCUGAAUGCUUGACUUCAAAUCCAGUUUUAGUCACACAUGAAAGGAGUAUGGUGGUCCUAAGCCCUCGGCUUCCACAAACACAAAACCAACACACAGUGCAGCACAAUUGGCACAAAGGGCAAACCUGUUUCUUAUCUCAUAAAACAGCCUUUUACUAUAACUGUCAUCUGUCAGUCUCUGAAUUUCUUCAAUCAGCAGUUCCAUUCCACUCAGA